CUCAGCAGCGCCACUCUCUCUCUAACUUUUGGCUUUCCGCCAGUGUGUAUAUAUACAUACAGAUAUAUACACACAGCGCCAACCACCAUCGCCAUAGCCGUCGCCGUCGCCGUCGCCAUCCCCAUCGCCAUCGCAGCCAAUCGCAAGCAUUACCUGUCAUCAAUAAAAUUCCCUUUCUAAGUUAAACAAGCAUCAGCGAGGGUAGGAAUUACUUCGGGGAUACUUAUUGAAUCAAUCAGCUAAUUUCACCGCUCGAACCUUCGAACCUCCACUCAGAUCUUCACCUCUGUGUGAUUCUGAUGCGCAGCUGAGAUGAUGGAGCAGAAGCACGUAAUCCUGUCGGCAUUGAGUGUCGGAGUUGGUGUAGGGGUGGGGCUCGGGUUCGUCUCUGGUUCUACUGUCAGUAAAUGGACAGGAGCUGCGAAUUCCGACGCUGAAGGUGUCUCCGCCGAGCAAAUCGAGGCGGAGCUCCGUAAAUUGAUUGUUGAUGGAAAGGAAGCCAGAGUUACUUUCGAUGAUUUUCCGUACUACCUCAGUGAGCGAACACGUGUGUUGUUGACGAGCUCGGCGUAUGUUCAUCUGAAGAACAUAGAUGUGUCCAAGCACACUCGGAAUCUUUCUCCUGCCAGCCGUGCUAUCCUGCUUUCCGGACCUACAGAAUCAUAUCAGCAAAUGCUUGUGAAGGCUCUAGCACAUCAUUUUGAAGCAAAGUUGCUGGUGUUGGAUGUACACGACUUUUCAGUCAAGAUCCAAAGCAAGUAUGGUAUAGCCAAUAGAGACACAUCUCUCAAAAAAUCUAUCUCAGAAACAACUUUAGAGCGAAUGUCCAGUUUCUUUGGCUCUUUCUCCGGUCUCUCACACAGUGAUGAUAGCAAAGGACAACGAAAUGGAAUUGAUGCUGCAGUAAGGCCCCGCAGAACUUCUUCGGUCGCUUCAGACAUCAGCAGCAGUAGUGCACAAUCAUCCCCCUCAGUUCCAGUCCCUUCCAAACGCAUCAGCAGCUUCCCUUUCGAUGAGAAAGCUUUGUUACAGUCACUUUAUAAGGUGUUGGCUUCGGUUUGUCAAGCAAAUUGCAUCAUUCUCUAUAUCCGGGAUGUUGACAAACUCAUUCUUCAAUCUUCAAGGCUUAACAAACUGCUUGAUAGAAUGCUGAACAAGUUAACUGGAUCGAUCUUGGUUCUUGGGUCCCGUAUUCUAGGCUUGGAUGAGGAAUCCAGGGUAGAAGUUGACAACAAAUUAAAUCUCUUAUUCCCUUACAGCAUCGAGAUCAGGCCACCUGAAGAUGAGACUCAUCUAAUCAGCUGGAAGACUCAGCUGGAAGAGGACAUGAGAAAGAUACAGCUGGAAGACACCAGAAAUCACAUUGCUGAAGUACUUGCCGCAAAUGAUCUUGAGUGCGAUGAUCUAAGAUCGAUUUGCCAUGCGGAUACCAUGGUUCUCAGCAACUACAUUGAGGAGAUCGUGGUUUCUGCUAUUUCAUACCAUUUGAUGAAUAACAACCAGCCUGAGUAUCGUAAUGGGAAGCUUGUUAUUUCAUCCAACAGUUUGUCCCGCGGAUUGAGCAUUUUUCAAGAGGGUAAAAAUGGGCACAAAGAUAGCCUUAAGAUGGAGAAUAAUGCCGACUGUUUUAAGGAUUCUGAAGGGAAAGAAACUGGUGGAACAAAACCCGAAUCAAAGUGUGAAAGUGUGACAAUCGAAAGCAAAACUGAGACAGAAAAAUCAAGUCUUCCAACAAAGCAAGAAGGCGAGACUGCACCGAUCCAAAAACCACCGGAAAUUCCUCCCGAUAACGAAUUUGAAAAGCGGAUUAGGCCAGAAGUUAUACCUGCAAACGAAAUAGGCGUGACGUUCAACGAUAUUGGUGCUCUAGAAGACAUCAAAGAGUCACUUCAGGAGCUUGUCAUGCUCCCUCUUCGACGCCCCGAUCUGUUCAACGGUGGCCUUUUGAAACCAUGCAGAGGGAUUCUUCUGUUUGGACCUCCCGGCACAGGUAAAACCAUGCUUGCCAAGGCAAUCGCCAAUGAAGCCGGGGCGAGCUUCAUAAAUGUCUCAAUGUCGACCAUCACUUCGAAAUGGUUCGGAGAAGAUGAGAAGAAUGUCAGGGCACUUUUCACGCUCGCUGCCAAAGUUUCCCCGACAAUCAUUUUUGUGGACGAGGUUGAUAGCAUGCUCGGGCAGAGGACAAGAGUCGGCGAGCAUGAAGCAAUGCGGAAAAUCAAGAAUGAGUUCAUGUCACACUGGGAUGGGCUCCUGACUAAACCUGGCGAGCGCAUUCUUGUUCUUGCUGCAACAAACCGACCUUUCGACCUUGAUGAAGCCAUUAUCAGGCGGUUCGAACGCAGAAUAAUGGUCGGUCUGCCAUCCGUGGAGAACAGAGAAAAGAUCUUACGAACCUUGUUGUCGAAAGAAAAAGUUGAGGAUAUCGACUUCAAAGAGCUGGCAGUGAUGACAGAAGGAUACAGUGGGAGUGAUCUCAAGAAUCUGUGUACGACUGCUGCAUACCGGCCCGUGAGAGAGCUCAUAGAGCAAGAGAGGCAAAAAGACAAGGAGCGAAAGCAAAGAGUAGUCGAGGAAGGCGAGACCUCACAAGUUGCAAAAGAGGAAGCAAAAGAGGAGAAGGUCAUUUCUCUAAGGCACUUAAGCAUGGAAGAUUUGAGGCAGGCAAAAAAUCAGGUAGCAGCGAGUUUCGCUACAGAGGGUUCUGUAAUGGCGGAGCUGAAGCAAUGGAACGAGCUUUACGGGGAAGGAGGGUCGCGGAAGAAAGAGCAGCUGUCUUACUUCCUUUGAGCUGGUUUCGACCCUCUCAAUGUAUGUAUAUCAAUCAUCAUCAUCAUCAUCAUCAUCAUCGUAUUGUUUUCUUCUUGUUCUUGUGGAUUUCAUUCCAUUUGAUCUCGAUCUUAAAUUGAAGGUAGUAUUAAGAGUAGUAGUUAGGUUUGGAAUAGAUUGAUGCAUUGUUGAAGAGGAGAGAGAGAGAUUUGAGUGAGUUGGACUCGUAUGUUACUAUUAUUAAAAGAGUUGAACUUAUGUGUUUGAAUAUUUCA